AUGGAGGUGGAGGAGGAGGGAAGACGCUCUCCACACAAUCGUGGGGAAGCGUGUGUUCCCGAGAGCUUCUUUGAUCGCGUAACGCAAGGGUUACGCGACGAUCUCGAACAUGAGCGGAAUAGGCGCCUCCAAAUGGCGGACACUGCCUCGAAGCAUCGAACUGAGUUUGCCUUUGCUCAGCUCGAGAACGAUAGAUCUCUGACAUCUCUUCGUGACGAGCUAAGGGUAGCUCGUGGGAUUGCUGAUCGGUCUCGGGAUGAGAUAGCUGCUCUUCAGACCCUUGUUGAUGCCCACCAUCGGGAGCACAAGGCUCUCUGCGAGAUGCUUGAGCGCAAGGGCGUUCUUCAUCGGAAGAAGCAGCUUACUGGUGGUACGGCUUAA